CUCCUUCUCCCCCCCUACUCUCCUCUACCCCACAUUAGCCUCUCAAAGUGUCAUUUUCUCACAUAUACUUCACACAAAAGAAACAACCAUUCACUUCAUCUUCAUCCUUUGUCAUUUCUCUCUCUCUCUCUCUAUAACUCAAUCUCAAAUUCCUCCUUACAACAACAACUACUAUUACUACCCUUCUUUUGAUCAACACAACAAACCCCAAAAUCCCAAAUUUUCACUUCUCUCCUUCUUUCUCUUUUUCCUUAACCUACUUACAAAACACAAGAAACAACAACAUAAAGAGGUAGUAGCUAGCUAGGGCAAAGAAUUAUAUAUGGAGCUAUUCCCAGCACAACCAGACUUAUCUUUACAAAUCAGUUCUCCAAACAGCAAAUCAUCAUCAACAACAACAUGGAAGACGACGAGAAAUAAUAAUAACAAUACUGAUCAAGAUCAUGAGAUGGACUUAUUCUUCUGGAGAAGAGCUUUGGAAUCAAGAAACUCAAAGCCUGAUAACAACAAUAAUACUACUCUUUUUGAGCUUUCUUUAUCCAAUCCUAAUUAUAAACCUUCUCCUCCUCAUCCUAAUCGCAUAAUUAACUCUUCCCAUUUCCAUCCCCUCCAAAACAACACCAAUUUCAUCCACCAACAAAAUCAACAACUUAGUUUCUUAAGACCUAUAAGAGGAAUUCCAGUAUACCAUCAAAACCCUCUUCCUCUUUCUCAUCAUCAUAACUACCCAAUAUUUGCUCAACAAACUUUUGACAAUUCUACUACUACUGCAACAACACCUACAUUACCUAUACAUUCUUCUGGUAGUUGUAUUAGUAAUUUUAAUAACAAUAGUAACAAAACUAUUUCUAAUUCCUCACCAACUACUGUCCCUUUUCAUCACUCUAAUCAUCAAGCUGGGCUAAUGCGAUCGAGAUUUUUGUCAAGGUUUCCAGCUAAACGUACCAUGAGAGCUCCACGGAUGCGAUGGACUAGUAGUCUUCAUGCCAGAUUUGUUCAUGCUGUUGAGCUCUUGGGUGGCCAUGAAAGAGCAACACCCAAAUCAGUUCUUGAGCUAAUGGAUGUGAAAGAUCUCACUUUGGCACAUGUUAAAUCCCAUUUACAGAUGUAUCGGACGGUUAAGACUACCGAUAGAGCAGCAGUUCCAGCUUCUUCAGGCCAAUCGGAGGUAUUCGAUAAUGGGUCUUCUGGGGAAACUUCAGAGGAUUUAAUGCCUGAAAUGGAAAAUUCAAGAAAGUCUGAUUUAUCUAACCACCAAGGAAGAAAUAGUAUGCAUCUCCAAGAGAUUGAUUAUCAUGGUCUUUGGAGCAACUCUUCAAGCAGGGAAAGUUGGCAGCUGCAUGGCAAACAUGGUGACUACCCUGGGAACAUCCCAUCUCUUGAGAAAACAGAGAAAAUCCAACAUAUAGAUUUGGAAGCAAAAUGUUUAAGCUAUGAUAGAUUAUCUGGAGAAGUGAGCUCUUCAAGCAUUACAGACACAAGUCCCAAGAAGCCUAAUUUGGAGUUCACUUUAGGAAGGCCUUCAGAGUAAGAAAAUAAUAAAAAAAUCUUGCAUGCAGAUAAGUUACUAGUACUCAUUUUGAAAUCAUUAUAAUUUCUGACAAGGCAAAGGUAAGGGAGGUUUGGUUUAAAGAAAAAAGUAACACAAGGAAGAGAAUCAGGUACCCACAAGAUGAGAGAAAAGCAAAAGAGAGCUAAAAAAAGACAAGGAGACAAAAAAGACAGGAAGAAGGCAUAAGGAGAAGAGAGGAAAUUAAUAUGCGACUCCUUUACAUCAAACAAUAUCUUAUUUUAUUCCUUUCUAGAGAGAGAGAGAAAAAAGAAUAUGAAAUCUAAUUGAUUUUGUGUAUUAUUAGAGUAGUCAUUGAGGGAGAAAGUAAAAAAAAGGCCUUUUUUUUACUUUCUUUUUGUAACUAGUAUCUAGGAAGUGAUCUUUUUAUCAUUGGUAAUUGUAUGACUCACUUUAUUAUUAUGUUAAAAGAAAAGAAA